AGUUACAAAUUCAUCAGAGCACAGAGUCUUCCAUUGGGUUACUGAUCUCGUAGCUUGAGCUCGGAGACUCCCUCGAUUUAGGCUAAGGCCUGUGGAGAAUCCAUAAAUACAAAUACAAAAUAGCAUCCUUGCAACUACUGAGUAUAUUUUGUUGCAGUGUUUUAUAAAGCAAAGAAGGGCAAGAUGAAGACUUUGUGGUUGUUAGCACUGGCUGCGUGUGUCAUUGCUGUCGUCCAGGCGGCCACACUGAGAAAUUUCCUGAAAGAUAAGCAAGACCUCCAUCUCUUUGCCAGAAGUAGUAGCGACGAUGGAAGUAGCAUGGAUAGCAGCGAGGAUAGUGGCGAUAGCAGCGACAGCAGCGACAGCAGCGAUGCUGGGAAUGCCAUGGCCACAGGGACAGGCGGAAGUGAGGAUGGUGGAAGCGAUAAUGAGGACUCUAGCGAAGGCGACGCAGCAGGAAACAUGGCAGCUCGCAACAACCAGAGUCCUAGCAACAUCCCUGCCUCCCUAGCUCCGGGUGCUACUGCACAGCCCACAGCGGACACAACUGCUGGGCCGGGCACGAACUGCAUCCUAGCACAAGAAUGCACAGAGGUGGAUCUGCUUCAAGGUGCAGCAGGUGAUGCUGGGCUUAGUCCGUCAGCUCUCUAUUCCGCCGCGUUCAGCGUUUUCAACGACAACUCCUUCACGCGCUCCGUGCAGACUCUCAUAAGCGAAUUCAAUGAUCGCAGUACUAUCCAGUGUGCACGUGACUUCACUGAGUUCAAUGACACAGCGCUUCAGGUGACGCAGACGGACGGUUCCGGCCUGUUCGACUAUUUCUUCCCAGAGGCGCAGACUCCCGGACAGCCACGAACUCUGGAGAAUUCGCAAGUUGAUGUCACGCUUCCUAACCUGGGAACCUUUGGCGACCUGCGGCUGCGGUAUUUCUUCGACGCGAGCGGCGAUGUAGAGACGGUACAGCGAUUUAUUCGUCCUCCGAAUCAGGCUACUGAUAUGUUCUUCCCAUUUCCUUUGAGACAGACGGUGUGCAGAGAUAUUCCUGGUCAAUGUGCCACGAGUCAAGUGCCGCCAACAGUACCUCCAAACGUUCCCAUCCCCGACCCAUUGCCCGAGCCCAGCCAGACUGAAGUAGCAACUUUGGUCGGCAUACAGUCAUCCGCCGCACAGUGCGCAGUGUAAGCCUAUCCCAGUAUCCGACUCAACCCGCUGCUCUCUAUUCACCUACCAAUCGCAGCGUGCCGCAUAUGCACCAUACUACACUAACUAUGAUCCGCCUGACCUUGGAAAGGAAACUGAGCUCACUGCCAGCACCAUGACGGCUAGAUGGGCAAUUCCAUCCCUGACUGAGUAAUAAUAUUUCUACCGCACACUACCUAUUUGAUGACAUCACCACUACACCAAUGACUAGAUUCUCUCAGCAUCACGUCCUUCUUUUUCAUAUAGUUUAGUACUUUGUCAGCGCUAGGUCCCUUGAUCUCCCCCCACCCCUCCCACCCCCGUUUUUUUGCCGCGCUCAGCAACAUAAAUUGGCGAAGUUGAUCAUUGGUCACAUACAUCAUUUCUUUGCUAAUAUUAUCAGUCACCAGAACCUUGAUUUUGUAUUUACCCCAAACGUCCAUUGACAUUGUGGACUAUCACUAUCACAGAUAUACAUUCAAGUGUAUAAUCUAAACCGUUAACUAUUACUUACAAGUAACUAGAAUGUGGAGAAGAUUGUAGACAUUCGCCGGAGCAGGCAUACAAUUA